CGCGCGGCUGCCCGCGAGUCCCAGCUCAGCGAGUGGCGGAGGCUGCGGAGCUGCCCAACUGUGCAGAAAAGGCCUGAAGAUGCGAGCCGGCCCCGCGCCGUAGACAAUGAAGCCGCGGGCGCCUCCGCCCGCCCCGGGCCCCGCGCGCUGCGGCCGCACCUGCCGGCGAGACCGCCCCCGCGCCUGACCGCCGGCUCGCCCGCCGCUCCGCCCACCCGCCCCGCCGGCCCAUGGCUCGGCGCCCCGGGCCCGGACCCGCGCACUCGGGCCGCGCGGCGCACGGGCCGGCGGGCGCCAGGGCUGUCGUCCCCGCAGCCUGAGCUCAGCGCUCUCGGCCACCGGGGGGCGUGGGCCCACUCCGGGCGUGCCCGUUCCCCCGUCGCGCCCGCGACCGCGCGUCCCGGCCCGCGGCGCGCUGGAUGCAGCGGGGCCCCGGCGGGCGGCGCGGCGGCGGCGGCCGUGGCCCUGGGCGCCAUGUACCUGCUGGACGGCAGCAGCGAGCCCGCGUCUCCGCCCGCGGACGCGAUGCCGCGCGGGACGCCCCCCAGGAAGACGGUCUACCGUAUCUCCGUAACCAUGGUCAGGAAGGACCAGCUGGCCGCGCCGGGCCCCGACCCACGCCCGGCUCUGAGGCCGCGGCCCGCGCGCUCCCCUGAUGCGCCCGGACGGCUGGCGGAGGAGGCCGACGAGGAGGCGGCCGACGCCGAGGAGCCCGAGGGCCGCCGGCCGCGCGCCUGGGACUUCCGCACCUUCCGCACCCGCAGCACUGGGCAGCUGGAGCUCGGGCGGCUCCGGCCUUGCGCACGCGGCCUCGAGCCCGCGGACUUGGCCGGCAGCGCCCCGGCCGUGGAGGAGGGGCCCGGCAGCCCCGACGUGGAGGGGGUCCGGGCCGCGCCCCUGCGGCGGAGCCUCAGCUUCAGGCACUGGAGCGGGCCCGAGGCGUCGCGGAGUCGGACCCUGGGCCGCGGGAGACGCCACAGCAGCUCCGGGAGCCUGGCCUGGGCGCCGGGGGGCGAGGCCUCGGCGGACUCCGGGCCCGCGGUGGAGCCCGCGGCGCCAGCGCAGCCCGCCUCGGAGAAGCGCAACACCCUGGAUGUGGGCGAGGUGCUCAGCAAGAACGAAGCGCUCUCGGACCUGGAGCGCUGGGAGCGCAGCAAGAGCAAGAACCGCACGCUGGACAACAGCGACCUGCAGCGGCUGGAGCGCGCGCGGGCGGCGGCCGCGGGCCCCGGCGCCGCUUCGGAGCACCGGCUGCUGCGCUUCUUCAGCGGCAUCUUCGCGCGCAGGGAUGGCGCGCCCGGCGGCGGUCCCUCUCCCCGGAGCGGCGGCGCCUCGCGGCCCCGCGGCUACUUCAGCAGCCUGCGGCGCGCCCCAGCCGACGCGCACUCGUCCAGCGCGGAGAGCAUCGACGGGUCCCCGCGCAGAGGUGGGCAGCGCGGCCAGGGAGAUGCCUUUGUGAAUAGCCAGGAAUGGACGUUAAGUCGAUCUGUCCCAGAGCUCAAAGUGGGGAUCGUGGGUAAUUUGGCCAGCGGCAAGUCGGCCCUGGUGCACCGGUAUCUGACCGGCACGUACGUCCAGGAGGAGUCUCCCGAAGGUGGCCGAUUCAAGAAAGAGAUCGUUGUUGAUGGACAGAGCUACCUGCUGCUGAUUAGAGAUGAAGGGGGCCCCCCAGAGGCGCAGUUUGCCAUGUGGGUGGACGCUGUGAUCUUUGUCUUCAGCUUAGAGGAUGAGAUAAGCUUCCAGACCGUUUACCACUACUACAAUCGGAUGGCCAACUACCGGAACACGAGCGAGAUCCCUCUGGUUCUGGUGGGGACCCAGGAUGCCAUAAGUUCCAGUAACCCACGGGUCAUCGACGACGCCAGGGCGCGGAAGCUCUCCAGCGACCUGAAGCGGUGUACCUACUAUGAGACGUGCGCCACCUACGGGCUGAACGUGGAGCGGGUCUUUCAGGACGUUGCCCAGAAGAUUGUGGCCACAAGGAAGAAGCAGCAGCUGUCCAUCGGGCCCUGCAAGUCGCUGCCCAACUCCCCCAGCCACUCGUCUGUGUGUUCUGCCCAGGUGUCCGCCGUUCACAUAAGCCAGACCAGUAACGGAGGCGGGAGCUUAAGCGACUACUCCUCCUCCGUCCCAUCGACGCCAAGCACCAGCCAGAAGGAGCUGCGAAUCGACGUCCCUCCCACUGCCAACACGCCAACACCUGUCCGGAAGCAGUCCAAGCGCCGCUCCAACCUUUUCACCUCUCGGAAAGGGAGUGACCCAGACAAAGAGAAGAAAGGCCUGGAGAGCCGCGCGGACAGCAUCGGGAGCGGUCGAGCCAUCCCAAUUAAACAGGGCAUGCUGCUGAAGCGGAGCGGCAAAUCGCUGAACAAGGAGUGGAAAAAGAAAUACGUCACCCUGUGUGACAAUGGCGUGCUGACGUACCACCCAAGUUUACAUGAUUACAUGCAGAACGUUCAUGGUAAAGAGAUUGAUCUUCUGAGAACCACUGUGAAAGUCCCAGGGAAGAGGCCACCCCGAGCCACGUCGGCCUGCGCGCCCAUCUCCAGCCCUAAAACUAACGGCCUGUCCAAGGACAUGAGCAGUUUACACAUCUCACCAAAUUCAGGGAAUGUCACUAGUGUGUCUGGGUCUCAGACGGCCAGCGGCAUCAGCCUGGGCUCCUUCGGCAGCCGGCAGGACGGCAUGCAGCAGCGCUCCUACUCUGUCUCCAGUGCCGACCAGUGGAGUGAGGCUACGGUCAUUGCAAACUCGGCCAUCAGCAGUGACACGGGGCUGGGCGACUCCGUGUGCUCCAGCCCAAGUAUCUCCAGCACCACCAGCCCCAAGCUCGACCCGCCCCCCUCCCCUCACGCCAACAGAAAGAAGCACCGAAGGAAGAAAAGUACCAGCAACUUCAAGGCCGACGGGCUCUCCGGCACCGCUGAAGGAUUAAAAAGAAGAAAAAAGAAAAGAAUUGCCCAUCCCAGCUGCACUCAGUAGGCAAUCAGAGGCAAGGCCUGAGCCUGAAAUUUGUUUACGAAUUUCAUUAAGUCCAAGUUGCAAAGGUCAGCCCGGAUGGAGUUUUCCUUCCUUCCUGCACCGAAGAACCUGACAUGGCGAAGCAUUUUAUCCUCUCGUCAAGUAUCAAGCAUCCAGCACAUAGGAAGCACUGUGUGUUUGGCUCCGUGGGAGACACGAGAAGUAAGACUCAGCUCCUCUCUUAGGGCCUUAACCUGGAACUAAGACAUACACAAGAGACCACCUACCUUUUCAGCCCAUGUUUAAAUGAGGCGUGCGGGGGGUAGUUGUGAACAGGACGGAAGAGCGUUGAGUUACGAAAGGGGACGGGAACAUGCCACAGAGCUUCAUUUUAUCUUCUGCAGACUGAGUACAUACGGUUAUUUAAUAAAACGCUGCAGAAGGCAUCGCGUUUUCAUUAUACGUCCUCCGUUUACAACUUGAAACACCAGCAGUGGUGCUUAAUUUGGCGCAAAACGGAGUUCCGUCUUCACCUUCACUUAGCUUCUGCUAAGGAAACAGCUGUUGCUGUGCCUGAUCAGUUAGUUCACCUUUUAGCUCCGGAAAACAGUGUUUUACUCGUGUGGCAGGGUUUUGGAAGGCAGUCUGGAGAGGAAAGACCAUGGACGCGCAUCAUCCGGUCUUGUUCCUGCGCGCUUAGGGUUACAAGAAGGCAAGACCCGAGGGCACUGAAGCUCCGUUCAUCGGUGACCAUUGGGUUGUGUUGACUCUCGUGCAGUUUGGGGCAUCGCUGGGUCAUAUGGGGAUUUUGCACAUGAUGAUUCAGUGGUAGAGAGGGCCGUUUGUUACAGAAGCGUUACAUCACCGUGAUGCUCUUGUCCUUCCUCCUUGGCCUCAGCUGGCACGCCAGGUCCUCCAUGUUGCCCAUGAUGGUGCACGCAGCCAGCCUGGGGUCAGGGCCAAGGAACUGCCUUCACGGUUGGCUCCUGUCUGUGCAGUUUUCUCAUUUGAUUUCGUAUUAUUUGGAGGUGGCCGGGGGGGGCGGUGUGAAACCCAUGUAGGCAACGCUAGCACACAUCACCUUGGAUUCCCUCCUUUUAAUUUUCGAGAACCUUCCAGCAGCACCCCUCGCGUCUGCUCCUUGUUCUAAUUUUGGCAGCUGCCUUGAGUCAAAAGAGAGGGAACGAGAAGCCUCCAUAAUCGACUCCACAGAAACUCCAUGAUCACCAGCCAUGUUUUAGAACAGUAAGGACUUCAUAAUUGAACUCCCUCAUUAUUAAACUAGUUAGUGCAUCUGAAUUGCUGAGUCGAGCAAUUAAUCAGCAUGAAUGUGAAAAACCAGGAAUUUGAACUUCUUCCUCGAAGAUAUUCCUCGAGUACAGCCGCUCGGAGAAGGGAGCCAGGGUGGCUGGGUUUCUUCGCCCUUGAGCUGAAAGUCAGAGGAGGCACCACAUUUUCGGAGGGACCUGCUACUCCCCACAAACCAGGUCGUUUUUCCAAAGCGAGCUCUCAGUUUGUAACCCCAGCUCCCCCGAGAACGGACUUGCUGGAUUUGAGUAGCUCCGGGUUUACUCUAGACGUCGACAGGAUAGAUGGCGCACCGUGGACUCCAAAGCCAUCCUGCAGGGUCCCGUCCUCCCGACACACACGAGCUGGAGGCGCCCGCGGCUCCUUUGUGGAAGUCGGCGGGUCGGACAUAAACAAAGCUGAGUCGGCCACAGCAGGAAGACCCAGAACAGAGGAUCCCCAUCACGAUGAGCUGACGACAACAGAAGUGGGUUUGAUACUAUUUUUUUUCAAGUACACACAAACUAAAGAGUUAGACUGAGUUCCCUGGAAGUGCAUCGGUCACCUGCUGGCUGUGACGGAGGCGACCCCUGCCUUCAGGAUGCCCGCUGUCAGGUGGAGCGCGCCCGUCCGUAAACAGGCCGCGUCCACCGAGCAGCCUGUGCAGGGACCCCAAGGCACCCCGGCACCUUGGGGUCCCCGCGGGAGGCUCUGCAGAGGAGGCGAGCCAUUUGUAGAGGAGGAGAUCUCUGCUGCUCCAGGAAAGGAGGGGGAGUACAGAAAGGGAAUGGGGAUAAAUGGGGGUCCCAGGGUCUCCUGCCGUCCACGAGCAGGGAUGGGCUCACCUGUGAAAAAUGCAGACUCCUUUCAAGGUGCCUGUCCCAGAGGACAGGGAUGUGACAGACCUCAAUGGCUCUUCUUUUCCCUCGACUUAGGGGUGCUGUUCUGCAGUGGGGCUCAGUCGGCAUGAGCUGCCCAUGGUCUCCAGGGUCCAGGGGCAGACCGCGAGACAGCACGUUUCCUUCUGGGCGCCCUGGGAAUGGAAUGCUGCCUGUCUGGGACACCGAGUCACCUGCAGGUUAUCCCUCAGAGUCCUUUUCUUGACGUUCUCAGAACGUCAGAGCUGUCAGGACCUUUGGUUAUCGCUUAUCUCUGCGACGACACGGAGACCCCGCUGUGCUCUGCUUGACCGGGGCCCCCGAGCCAGGAGGGGCAGGGCCAGCGCGGUUCCAGCAGGGCCUUCCUGGCCAUUCUGGUUGCGUGGGCACUUUUUAUACUUCUGCUUUGCUACAUGUAUCUUGUCGCAAAAGUACCGGAGGCAAACUGACACUGUAAUGCUCAGAAGGAAGAUGUGAUGAUGUGUCUGAGUCAGCGUCGGCCUGCUGGGGGCCUCAGACACUUCUGUCCGGGGGACCCCAGGACGGACUGGCCUUUGGGAGGUUCCAGCUGAGGACGCCGCGUCUUCCCUCGCAGUGCUGGCGGUAAUGAGAUGCACACGUCGGGGGGGCUUCAUUCCUAAGGAUGUAAAGCAAAACGGAAUAAAGACGGCGACUGAAUGCAGAACUAGGUCUAUGUAGAAACAACUUGGUUAACGGGAAGAACAAAUAAAAUCCACAUACACCGUGUGUCUCCCUCGGCCGGGGCCGGGACAGACCCACAGAUGGGCAGCUUAGAUGGUGGAAAUUCAUUUCUCCCAGUUCCAGGGGCUGCGAGUCCAAGAGCAGGGCGAGGCCCGUCUGGUUCUCGGCGAGCACCUGGUUCCCAGCUUGCAGAGGCCACCCUCCCACUGUGUGCUCAUGGCCCUUCCUCCACGUGCACACUCGCUCUUCCUCUUCUUGUGAGGCCACUAAGUGCGUCCCGAGGGCCCAGCCCUCUCCACACCAACCCUGGUCACCUCCCGCCAUCUCCAUCUCCAGCACCGCAGGCUUCAACAGAUGAAUUUUGGAAGGACAUAAACAUUCAGGCCACACAACCUUGUGACUUCUGUUCCUGUCCGUGGGCUGGGAUGUGCCCUCUUGUGCCGCUGGAGGAAGAUACUCCAGGGACUCGACUGCGCAGCGCACACCUUCCUCCCCACGCCCUGGGUGCCUCGUUAGGAUACGUCAUCAAGUGUGAGGGAGGGAAGCCAGGACUGAUUGAGCGCCCGCUCUUGAACGUGUGACUCAUCGCAGCCUCCAGACACCCCGGUGGUGUCGGCAGGUGGCAUGGUUGUCUCCGUUUUUGCAGGGGAAGGACAGGGUUCAGUGAAGUCCUGCAGGUGAUGUGAAUUCGGGGUCUGCCUCCAGCCUCGAGGGCUCAUGCUGGCCACCUGGCAAGGACUGCAGGGGCUUGGGCAUGAGGAGGAGUGCUGGGCAGGGCCACGCCUGCCAUGCCCCACCAUGGCCUGUAAGAACCCAGAAGCAGCAAGGCGCCUGGUGGCUCAGUUGGUUAAGCCUCUGAUUCUUGGUUUCAGCUCAGGUCGAGAUCCGGGGUCCUGGGAUCCAGCCCAGCUUCAGGCUCCCUGCUUGGUGGGGGGUCUGCUCCCCCCCCCACCGCUCCCCCCACUCGUGCAUAUAUGCUCUCUAAAAUAAAAAAUAAAUCUUUAAAAAAGGAA